AUGGCGCGAGUACUUGACUAUCGCACCUGGACAGUUCAGAUCACCGUCUUUUUUAUGACCUUUUUGGUGAUAGACCUAUUGAUCGGAAGCCUAUUCUAUCCGAAAAAGAUUGGCAUCUUGACCGGCUGGAUUCAUCAUAUAGUCUAUAUUGGCGUGUUGACAUGGGCCAUCAGUCAAAGGUAUUGUUCGAUCUUUGUCAUGAUGUGCCUCUUGGAGGUGCCUACCUUUCUGCUUGCUCUCGGCUCUGUUCGAAACCAGUUUCGUCAUGACUACCUGUUUGCGUUUACCUUUGUGCUCACUCGUAUUCUCUUUCAUGCGUAUGCAAUCCUAUGUGCCUUUCAAUUAAAGCCGUUUGGCCCCAUCAUGAUUGCCCUGACUGCAUUCUUUCCACUUCAUUGCUUUUGGUUUUAUGGUUUUAUCAUGCAACAACUUCGAUUAUCAAAAACACCUUCUGCUCCUAGUAAAAAACGCUAUUAUCAAUCAAUGAAUGUAACAACAUCUCGAAUAGAAGAAAAGCCUCAAGUGAUGGAUGUAUUAAAAGAGCCUGCUACCUGGCACACAUGUAAACACUUAUCGAACCCUGCCUUCCACGCAUCACCUGUAUCCGUUCACUAA